UCAAUUGAUCAUAUAGGCACUAUGCUUGCUCUUUCCGUUACUAGACGCUCUGUGGGUUUAUAGAAAAAGUUUAAAAGACGAAUACUUUCUCUAUGCCAAGUAUACGUUCGACGAGGACUGCGAGUUAACUCGAGAUCCGGUACAUACCUCAGAUGUCACAUCAGAGCAUCGGAUUAAUUUUCCUACUUUUAUAUUGCAUUGUUAUUGGUAUGGCCACUCAGUUAUUAGUAGCAGGGAUCGAAACGAGAGAGGAGUAUGCGAAUGUUUCGUCAGCGAUAGCAAAGGGAACGUGCGCCAAGCAGGAUCGUAAUGUAAACCAUACAAUCAUAAAUGAUACGAGUCGUAAACGAGAUGGUCCGUUCAGGUCGAAGAGUUCAACCUUAAUAACGUUAUCAAAUCUCGAGUUCUGGAACUUUCAUCCAAUCGAAGCCGUUCAACUGAGUCCGUCGUACCUUUCGACAAACGUAACGAUCUUCUAUAAAUCGGCGUCAGUUAAAUCUGACAUGCUUAAUCUGACGAUCUGCCGGAAUUAUAACGAAAGUUGCCCGAUUAAACCGCUGGAUGCGGCACGACAUAAAGCGAUUGCAGAGCUCCGAGGACCGAGUCAUGCAUCCAAGUAUAGCCUGAUCAUUAUCGCUCGGACUCGUUUCAAUGUCAGCAGCUACGUCGCACUACCGGCCGCCAUUAGUUUCUCUACAUUGCCAUAUGAUUUCCCUGUGGCCGGCGACUUUACCAAUGUCUUGUCCGCGUCCAACACUGAGCUCAACCUUACAAACGUCACCGUAUCUUGGCGUAUGAGCGAUAGAGAUUUCGUCGAAGCAACACCGCUGGCUUUCUUCAUUGUCACAUUGGAAAUUCCAGGAGGAAAACGUUACGUUUUAUGCGUUAACUCUACGUUCGUCACGUUAAAUAAUCUUCGAAGAUUUGCAUUUUUCUCGUUGGCAGUGACGCCCAUGUUCGAGGUGGACGGCGCCAUUUACAGCGGACUUUCCAGUCGAUACAAUUUCACUACUGAAGCCCAUUCUCCCAAGCGACGUCCACGGAGCAUUCGGAGUACUGCAAUACCGCCUGCAGUCCCCAAAGACAUGCCAUCGGUUCAGGACCAAUAUCCAACUGUACAGAAUCUUCAGGUUCGCAUACAGGUUCUCACAAAAAAGUCUAUUCAGUACAAUGUGACGUGGACUGCCCCGUAUCUUGACCACCCUGCAAAACAGUAUUACACGAUCACGUGGUGCAAUUCAUCAAAUUAUUGUAGAAAUAAUCUUACGCACCACACAAAUUAUACGAUAGCUUUGCACUACGGAGCUGGUAGCUAUACGGUGACCGUGGGAGUCGAAUACUUCACGGAGAAUGAAGGGUCUUUCGCUCGAAAUGUCACAUUUCAAAUCACGACACCGCCAAGGGUGCCUCCCUUCGUAUCAGAUAUCAAGUUUGCCCUCGUCGGCUUCUCGCGUACGCGCUUUAUUUACAAAAUGUCCUGGAUGGCUCCUAUGCCUCGCAGUACUGAGUUUCCUCAGCUUGCUUACUUCAGCAUCCAGAUUUGUGAAGUAUCGGCAAACUGUUUCGAUUAUUCUACCCUUGAACGUUUUGUUAUUAUUCCAUUGUUAAUCAACAAAUCCUACAAAAUCAAUUUUCGUACGAUCUACGAGUUGCUGCCAGGCCAGACGGUCACCGCAAAUUAUGCAAAGCGCGUCAAGACUUCUGGAACAAGAGGUCCCAACGAAGAGAGUUUUCCCACCCCGUCGGAUGUUAUGUUGCAUGUUGUCGAUUUCAACAGCGAUACCAUCGCUUACCAAGUAACGUGGGCAUUACAGCCCUAUAAAAAAGUGAAGCCCCAUGAUACCCGAAUUACUAUUUGUAAAGUGUCUCUUUGCGAGUCCUUCAAAAGUAACCUGACUUCGUAUGCACUGUCUGUCGGUUACCAAGAAGAUGUCUUGGUUACAAUUGAGACUGAUUAUGUCCUGCCGGAUGGGCAAGUUAUUUCUCGAAAUAAAACCCAUCGUAUUAAAGCACCGCCCUCUGAGCCUUUCGCCGUAUGGGGAAUUAAGUCUGCCAUCACUGCCACCGGGGCAGAUUCAGCCGUAUAUACUUUUAAUUGGAAGGGGUAUAAGCCUCGAUCCUCAAAAUUCCCUCAGCUGGCCUACUUUGCUCUUCGAGCUUGCAAAAACGCCAACGUUUCAUGCUGGUAUUAUAGCACUCUUGAAACAUUUUACAGCUUACCAUUGAAAUUCAAGGAAAAAUAUGAAGUUGCAGUGAGUGCCGUCUACGAACUUCUGCCACAUCAGCUAACGAACAAGACCGUCAUGUUGAAGAUCACCGUGCCUGAACAAAGCGAGCUCUCAUCCCAUAUUGGACAAGUUAAAAAAGGGUAUAUCUCCUUACCACUCUGGGUGGCUAUUUUUAUACCACUUAUCAUGCUCACGUUCGCCGUCGCAGUCACUGUGCACCAGCUCUAUAUCCACUGUCACGAUGACAGCGAUCGGAUAAUACGUCCCGAAACGGUUUCGAUGACCCCCUCAGAUGAAAAUCUCACCGAAUCGCAAGAGAAUACAUACCAACGAAAGCAAACGAAAAAAACAAAACAAAGUGCAAUCAAAUCCAGAAGUGAACCCCCCGAAAGGACUCGAUGAGCAUACCACUCGACAAAGAUUAGUAAGGUGCUUGAAGGCAGAAGAGGAAAAGGACGAAGGCAUUACGUCUCUGAUGUUGAUUAUGCUGCAAUGCGGGCAGAUCGUUCGAGCAAAUAGAUCUGCAAUGUCUGAUAUCGUUGAUGUAGAAUGUGCCGUAUGAAGUUAGUCUUGGAUUUUUCUGCUAAAGAUCAUUUUGUUCAGGCGCAGUGGACGUCCACUGUGUAAUCCUAUGGAUGCGCAGCUUUCUUUUGUUCCAUUCAAUAAUAAAUUGUAGACUUAC